AAUCGAUGUAAGCUAGCGUUGUUAAAAGAUUCAUCAUGGAGAAGAGUGCUUUACAAGAACAAGCUCUGAAACGAAAAGAAAGAUUAAAAGCGCUCAGAGACCGACAGCUUCAGGGGAAGGAGCAAGAAGAUGGAGAGCCUGAUAGCAAGAGAGCACUAGAGGAAGUGGAACCAGAAGAGAAGCACAGAGAUCUGAAGCUAAGAAACUACACACCGGAAGAUGAGGAGCUGAAACACAGACAGGUGCCCAAAGCUAAACCUGCUUCAGUGGAAGAUAAAGUUAAAGACCAGCUAGAAGCUGCAAACCCUGAGCCCAUCAUAGAAGAAGUGGAUUUGGCCAAUUUGGCUCCAAGGAAACCAGACUGGGAUCUGAAAAGAGAUGUAGCUAAAAAACUGGAGAAACUAGAGAAGAGAACCCAGAAGGCCAUAGCUGAGCUCAUUAGAGAGAGACUGAAGGGGAGUGAAGAAGAGUUGGCCGGAGCUGUAGGAGCGGUUGCUGUUGAAGAAGCAGAUUCAGAUUGAUCCUCGCUUCCCCUACAGAUCUUUUAGGAUGAUGAUGGCAGCUCUCACAGUGUCUCACAGCUGCUGUACUGAACAGGGUUCAGAGAUGGUCAGGACGAGAGUUUAGUGAGUGAGUGUGAAAGUGAAAAUAAAGAUGUACAUAGAUGUGCGUUUGAUGUUCUGUUUUUAAAAUCAGUGUACAUUCCCUUUUCCACUUAUUUACAUGUUUUAUUAAAUAAAUCAAUAUUUUUUGAUGUUG